AUGAGAGAGGAGAAAGAAGAUUGGGUGCAGAGGCAGCUGGGAGAGGAGAACGAAGGGGAGGGGGAUGAUGUGCAAGAGGAGGGGGUGAGGGAUGAGGCGGAGGAAACGACGAAGAGAAUGGAUGUGACGAUGAGAGAUGGGCUUGCGGGAUUCGAGAAUGAGACUUGGAAGCAAGGGCUUAAGGAAGAUCCAGGGUUUAAGCGAGAGGAAGGAGCAAGCAACGAUGCAGAGGAAGCACAUGAAAACGAAGCCGAUGGAGAGGGAGGGAGGGAAUCAGGGUCAGCAGAUCACGGGGCAAAGCAACGAGCAGAGCAUGGGGUUGGGCAAGGGGCCGAGCAAGGGGCAGAGCAAGGGGCAGAGCAAGGGGCAGAGCAAGGAGCAGAGCAAGGAGCAGGGCAAGCGGCAGGGCAAGCGGCAGGGGAAGGGGCAGCGGAAGGGGCAGUGGAAGGGGCAGUGGAAGGGGCAGUGGAAGGGGCAGUGGAAGGGGCAGUGGAAGGGGCAGGGCAAGGGGCAGAGGGGUCAGGGGAGGGGCGACCUGCCAGUGUGGACAGACAGUCAGUGACGCGAGCGGUUGCCGGGGAGGGAGCCGUGCAAGAGGAAUGUUUUGACAAUCUUUCCAUGGUGCAGGUGAGCGGGGCGAAGAGAGAGAGAGAGAAGACUGGGGGUCUAUUGCGCAUUCAUGACUGCAUCUCUCGCUUUCCCUCGUUUCUCCCCUCUUCUCACCCUUGCAUUUCUCGCAACCCUCCCCCAUUCUCUCCUAUUUCUCUGCUCUUUCCCCCAUCCUCCCCUCUCCCAUUCCGCCUCUGCCCCAACCCAGCCACUCAUCGCCGCCGCCCACAGUGCCGGGAGCAGAGGGCCGCACUGAGAGAGGAUUCAGGAGGAGUGGUUACCACGAACGUGGAGGAGAGGCAUGCACACAGGGGACAAGGGGGAGGUGGGGCGGGGAGAGCAGGAGGAACACAGGUGGGGAGGGGGGACACAGGGGGGUUGCUGGUGGGGACGGCGCCUCAGUGGCCGGUCGGCCGGAGGGCAAGCGAAGCAGAGAUCAUCCAAACCUUCCAAAGGCCUCCCAAAAAAGGGGCUGCUGCCUCCGCAAGUGAAGACCCCAGCAACCGCAUUGAUGGGAGCAUAUGGGAGGUGGUGGGUGCCCUGCCAGGCCUGCAGCACCUGGAGCUGCACGCACCAGAGCCCAGCACCACAGCCCUGCGAUCCCUCUCCACCAUCACGCACCUCACAACCCUCCACAUCACCGGCACAGCGCUUGAUGACUCUGACUUGCUGUGCUUGAGUGGGUUCUCAAUGCUCACAGACGUCAGCCUGGCUGCCUGCACGUUCGCAGCAGACCAUGCUGUGAGGACGGUGAUUCAAGGCAUGAUGCACCUGAAAUCGCUGGACCUGUCGGGAACGGCCAUCAGCCAAGGCGCUGCGGUGCAUCUGCAAGCGCUAGAGCGGCUGGAGCGGUUGAAGCUGCAGCAGUGCAUCGGCAUGAGCAAGCUGUUUGUGGAGCAUCUGAGCCAGGUUCCUGCGCUGAGGGAGUUGGAUCUUGGCUGCAACAUGCAGCAUGCCGGUUCUGGAAGGGAAGAAGGUGACUCGGCUAGGGGUAAGGGGCUGUGGGUUUGUUGCAAGAACAUUGAAAGGGCUUCAGCGGGAUUGGAUUGA